GUCUCUGGGUGGAGCUGGAUGCGGCGGUGGGUGACAGGUGGAAGUUGAACAUUUGGUGUCUCAUUUUAUGAAAUUAAUGGAGAGUUACAAGUUACCGGCCUCAUCCCAAGAUAAUUAUCCCGAUUCGUUUGCGAAGGACAUGGAGCUCAAUCUGAGUCUGGAUAGUUUGCUGGAUUCGGACUCUGACAGUCUGACGCAGGAGAUUCAGUAUCAGUCUGACCUAAAGCAUAGGAUAUCUGACCAUGAGCGUCCGGCAUCGCAUUCCUCGCAAGGAGCGUCAGGCGGAAGCUCCAACCAAAGUCAUAACUAUAAUGAGACAGAAAAUCAUUAUAGCCGGAGUGAAAAUCACCAUAUUUCAAAUGCGACUGUUGAUGAAAACAGCAGUGAAUUUGACAAACUGAGCGCACAGAAAGUCGAUGUCAGUUAUUCUAGUUUACGAUACAACCCUGACUGGAAGAGAAAUCAGAGUUUGGAAGACAUUUCUGCUUCAUUACAGGAGCUAGAGGAUUUCUCUGAUGAUUCCUUGUCAGGAUAUGAUUCAACCCCCGAGGAGCCAUCACUAAGGAAACUGGAGAGACGAGUGAAACAGACGGAUAAACUAUCCACGGAUCAUAAGGUUAUCGGUUCCUCACACAAAAAUAAAGCCCCUCUGGACACCGCCACAGAGCACAAUAAAGAUUCUUCUGUAGCAGUGCCUUCACAUGGUACACGGGAAAUCCCAGCCAUGAAUGAGAAUAACAAAAACCAACUGGGAAAGUCAAAAAACUCACAAAAGGACUUAAUUGAAAAGAACAAGCAUACUUUAGGGGUGCGCGGUCCCAAGGCACAUUCAUACCUAGAUAUUCACAAGAAGAAAGCAGACGAACAGAUGCCAACUAAGGAUCAGAAGAAAGAACUUGAAUCAAUAAGGAAAAUAUCAAGUCACUCUGUCACUGGCAGACAGCUAAAAGUAAAAUGUCCAGCUUCCGAACAAUCUGAAGACACAGAAAGUUUGAGCACAAGUUUUUCCACAAAUAUGUCUGAUAGAAAUGCGUCAGGACCUCAGCGCUAUCCUGAGAAUAGGACUGAAUUAUCUAGUAAACACCAGGCAAGCGAAAGCACUUCUUCCUUUGGUUUUAUAGACUUAAAUGCUUAUUCAUAUGAGGAACUGCAUGGUGUGAAUUAUAAUUCUGAAGCCCAACCCCCGAGGUACUCCUUGCCAAGAGAGAAUCAGAGUUUACUUUACCAUCAGACUAUUUCCAAUCCACAAAGUCAUAUCUUUCUCAGGCAUUUUCAUCCUGGACCGGAGAUGGACUUGGAACCAUUCUUACAAAACCCUGCAAACAGUAAUUCCGAAUUCCAAAACCUGGGGCACGAUAAGAAUAUUCAAAGACAUGGACAGAGGGAGGGGAGCACAUCGUACACCCAUGCACUGAGCCCCCCAUUACAUGGAUCUAGUGGCUCCUCUCUGAUUGACACUGAAAGCGAAGGAUACGUUAACAGUAGCGACUCCGUCUCAGAGUCUGAUCCACAUCACAUACCCAGGAAUAAGUCGAUGGACAAAGCAGAGACACAGAGGUGUCUUAGUUUCCUUAAGCAGGAAGUGAAAUUGGGAGGAAUCGGACCAACCUACAGAGUGAGCAAAGAAAAAGAAACACAGUUACAGAAGCAAAAGGCGUAUGCUAAACUGGUUAAGGAACGCAACCGCUUACAGAAACAAUCGGUUCCCAAAGUCCCAGAGAGCCAAACCCAGGAAAACGACGGCAAGAAAUGUGCCCGGCAGAAGAGUUUGGAAUACGCAAUAAACAUUCCGAGGCCACAACCACUGCCGAAAAUAUGCACCCAAGCCAAGAAAGAGGAGACUCCCAGAAAUGCCGUCUUUUUAGAUAACACAUCCCCGCAGGUAGAGCGGAUAUUGGAGUUACAGCUUAGACAUGAGAGAGAAAAGAUCGCAGUGGCCGCUUUUAAUGCCCUUCACAUGCUUUAG